GGUCAUUUUUGUAACUUAAGCCCAAAACCCUAGAAGCGUUUAGCUGCGGCUAUAUAAAACGGAAAGGCCGCCGCUUCUGCGCUUCAUCGGAGCUUGAGCUUUUCCAAGAUGUCGAAGCGAGGGCGUGGAGGGUCGGCGGGGAACAAGUUCCGGAUGUCGCUGGGUCUGCCGGUGGCGGCGACAGUGAACUGCGCGGACAACACGGGGGCGAAGAACCUCUACAUUAUCUCGGUGAAGGGGAUCAAGGGGCGUCUCAACCGGCUUCCCUCGGCCUGCGUCGGGGACAUGGUGAUGGCCACCGUCAAGAAGGGGAAGCCGGAUCUCAGGAAGAAGGUCAUGCCGGCCGUUAUCGUAAGGCAGCGCAAGCCAUGGCGCCGAAAGGACGGCGUCUAUAUGUAUUUCGAAGAUAAUGCUGGGGUUAUCGUGAAUCCAAAGGGAGAAAUGAAAGGCUCUGCCAUUACUGGACCCAUUGGAAAAGAGUGUGCUGAUCUGUGGCCAAGGAUUGCUAGUGCAGCCAAUGCUAUUGUGUAAUGGCUAGGUGUACUUCAAAUCAACCGCGGAGAUUUUGGUCUGGAACUUGUUUGUAGUUGGAAGAAAAGUAGGUCCCUUUUUCAGUGUUAUAGACUUGAGUUGGCCAUUGGUUCGUUUGUGUUUUCAAAGAGUUUCUUUUUGCUUUCGAGCACAUUCUGCUGUUGAUGGAGAUCCAAAUUACCUUUAUUUUAGUUUUCGUUCGUGUUUUGGAAGAGUUUCCUUUUGCUUUCGAGAACAUUCUUCUGUUGAUGGAGAUCAAAUUACCUUUAUUUUAGUUUUCAUUUGUGUUUUGUAAGAGUUUCUUUUUGCUAUCGUGCACAUUCUGCUGUUGAUGGAGAUCAAAAUUGCUCUUAUUUUA